AUGAACACAGACUAUCAGAUCUGCAGGACACAUUCAGCUCUGGACAUCUUCAUCAUGUUACACUUCUACACAUCUGAACAAAUGCUGAAGAUACUCUUGACAGUGUGUUUGUUCGGGAUCCUUUCCCAGCCUACAGACCAGGUUCCGGUUGGUGGCGGCUUUAGUUUUCUCCUGUACCCAGGAUCUGUUCAUGUGCCGUAUAAACCGCAGGGAGGUGUGAUACCAAUGGCCACAUUUGAACAGAAUACAGUACAACACCAUCACAAUCCACAGGCACAACAAAGCAAGAUCAGCCCUCACAAUGAAUUCAAGCCUUUAAACACAAACGGUGCAUUUCUUCAACCUGCAAUUAGCUCUUGGCCUGUGCAGGGUCCCGCCCCUGAUCUAGCUGCUGAUCCUGCCCCUGAUUCUCCCACUUUUCCAACUGAGUCUUUUUCUCUGCAGGGACAGAUGCAGAUGUCAAAUUUUCUCCCAUUUAACUUUCCUAUGCAGGUGUAUUCAUUUCUCCAGCCGGCUGUAAUUGCAGAUUCCAGCAGCUCAGAGGAAGGACAAACAGCUCAGGUGAUUUACAUGAUUCCUGUCAGUGUAGAAUCAUCCAACAUGGGUGUAAUGGAGGCCACCGUGCCGGACCCAGGGCAUCUUCAUGUCCCAACCACCACCUCUGCUAUGGUCACUACCUAUCCUCCUGCUCAGGGGCAGUUAGGGGAAACUGUGGUGGCAGUAACAGGCACAGAGAGUAUAUUAUGUGAAACCAGAAACACUGAUAGAGCAUAAAAACACCAGAGGAAUUCAACUCGAGCUGUCUGUUAAACAUGAUAAUGUUAUUAUGUGAACCUUAUUACGUGAGUUGGAAACAAAUUGCUAUGUUGUACUCCAGUCUCCUCAGCAAUCUCACCUGAUAUUUCAUCACAUUUUGAAUUGUAACAUUUGAAUUGAAAAUGCGCUUAACAGAAUCUACUUUGUUUUUUUAGAAACAUUAACCAUGUUAAUUGGAAUUGUUUUGACUGGUUUGAAUAUUGCCAACUAAGGCAAAAGGGCUAAGUAAAACAAACACAUACACACAAAACCACAAUCAAAUUUUGAGUUAAAGAUGCUAAUCGCAUUUCCGCUGUUUGCUAAAGAUUAAAUUGCUGUUUGACUGAGUUUCUGAUACAUUUCUAUUUAGUUACUGUGAGAA